GUGUUAUUAAUUCAAAAGCUUGAUUUUUGUGCAUAAUUCAUUCAUAGUCAUUCCAUCUUAUCUGUGUAGUCAGUCCACUUUGAAUUAAUUUCUCACUCCUUGUCUCUUUCAUUAUUAUUACUCAUCUCUGUCAAUUACUACCACCCACUAAGCAAUAACUAAGUGCUAUGGUAUCAUUGGUUUUUGAAAUUCAUUUGUUAAUGUAACUACUUAUUUUGCUUUCUUUUUGAAUUCUAAGUUCUGGGUUUUCUUUUUCUGUAUUUGUAAUAGCAAAAUGAGUUUUGAAGAAAAAAAUCAUGUAACUCAGGAACCUGAUGAUGUUUCUUGCAGAAUAGCAGUUUCUCUUCCUGUUGCUCACAAGGAUGAUGAUCCAAUGGGGAUAACUGAAGAAACUGCGCAUGUUCCGCCUCGGAAGAAACAAAAUCUUCUCCUUGAAAUACCCUCAAGAACACCAGAAGAGUGUUCUCAAGAUUUUGUUUCAAUCAAAAUGCCAAUGACACCAAGUCCGACUCCUACUCCCAAAAGAGUGAAUUUUCUGGUGAGUUCUCACAGUGUUGACGCACCGAUAAAUAAUUCACCUAGAUCUGCAACAUCAAAAGGCAAAUCAUCGAUAAGAAACAUCCUACCAAAAUUGAGCUUCAGGUAUAGGACACCAGCAGAUAUUGAAAAGGCUAAUACACCAACUCCAGAAGUUUCGUCUUUGGGCCCUCGAGAAAAGCCUUUAAUCUCUAGAUCAUUGUCCCUUAGUAAGAUAUUUACUCCUCGGAUUAAAAGAACUUCAUCAUUGCCAGUAGAACAUAUUGGAAUUUCAAACACAGAAUCCACUCAUGGUGGAAAUGGAAGUGUUGGUGGUCCUCUGAGUAAAAAAGAGACUCGGCGAAAGAUAGCGCGCUCUCUCUCAGUGCCUACCAACAACAAGGACAAAAGCCUAAGGAGGAUGAAUUCAUUUUUUCGUGUCGUUCCUUCUACUCCUCGAGUAAAGGAAAUAAAUGAAUUGUUGAGUGCGUCUCCAACGAAGGAUACUGAAAAUGAAGAUGCUGAUGACGGUGGUGAAGAUAUAGCUGAAGAAGAGGCUGUGUGUAGAAUCUGUCUGGUUGAACUAUGUGAAGGAGGUGAGACCUUCAAGUUGGAAUGUAGUUGCAAAGGUGAACUUGCUUUGGCUCACCAAGAAUGUGCUAUUAAAUGGUUUAGUAUAAAGGGUAACAAGACUUGUGAUGUCUGCAAGGAGGAUGUGAAAAACCUUCCUGUCACUCUAUUACGGAUCCAAAGUGUUCGAAAUCGGAUUAGUGGAGCAAGUAGAUCUCCACUUGAAGAUGUAAACGGGGUUUGGCAGGAAGUUCCAGUGCUUGUCAUUGUCAGCAUGUUGGCCUACUUUUGUUUUCUUGAGCAACUGUUGGUUGCAAAAAUGGGAACUGGUGCAAUUGCCAUAUCUCUUCCAUUUUCCUGUGUUCUUGGUCUGCUCUCCUCCAUGACAUCAUCAACCAUGGUGAAGAGCAGGUUCAUAUGGAUUUAUGCAUCUUUCCAGUUUGCUAUGGUGGUUCUAUUCGCACAUAUAUUUUACUCCUUGGUUCACGUGCAAGCAGUUCUUUCAGUCCUUCUUGCAACAUUUGCUGGUUUUGGUGUGGUGAUGAGCGGAAGUUCUAUCCUUGUGGAGUUCUUUAGAUGGAGAAGAAGAUCGCAGGCUCUUCAAGAGCAGCAACAUGGCCCUCAACUGAUGACACAAGCAGGACAACAACCUCAAACUGUAAACACGCCACGCUCGGACACAUCCAACCGCAGUCAUCCGGUGGUGCAAGAUCUACAAAACUCAAAUCAGAGCUAAUUUGGUAUUUUUGUGCUUCUCAUCUAUGAAGCACAGACACUAUUGGGAUUAGGUGUGUCCCCGAGUCUGACACACGUCAGUUUCUGGAACUCCUAUGAAAUCCAUACAACACAUGUUAGAUACCUUAGAGUCUCCUCAAAGCUAGUGGCUGCAGUUGGUGGCUUUUCAUCCGGAACUGGAAGAACUUAUUGUGUAUAGGGUAUGGAGUUUAACCUUUAUUACCACACAUCUACAAGAGACUUCAUUGUAUAGGUUAUGGUUAUAGCUUUCUCUUGGUAUGGAGUUUCUGUUUGUUUAUUUGAACUAGUGAUUAUUUCAGCACAUCAAAAUUGGAAGGAUUUUUGCUUUCUUUUUUGUAGUCUCCUUUGAGGCACAGUGAUUUUGUUUCGGGUCAAAGUGAAAGUCAAGGAUUGAGGAAAUGUGUUUGUUAUUUUGUUUAAUGAGUUUGAUCAUUGAUGAGCAUUGUCAAAUGCAAUGAUGUAGUUACUUACAUGAAGAUGUAUUUCCUUGUAUUCGACAACUAAUACUUUCGAUUAAAGUUUAUAUUAAAGGUAAGUUUGUUGUCUAAUA